AUGUUGUUCACUUCGUUCUACACAACUUCCUUGCUCUUUCUGGCCGCCUCCCACUCGCUGGCGAGUCCUCUCACUACCAAAGAUGAGGUCGUAGACCUGAGCGGACAGGAAGAAGUUCUUAUUGCUGGAGAGCCAGAUCUCGCGUUAUCUGAGAAACGAGAUCUCGAAGAUGGAGAUGAGAUCGUUCAGCUCGUCGCUAGGCAGAGUAACUCUGAUCAAUCCGAGGCUCUGCGUAUGCACAACGCCGUCCGGGCUAGAAGAGGCGUCCGUGCGCUUGUCUGGGAUUCCAGCCUGGAAGCAAGCGCUCUCGCAUGGGCUCAACAGCUUGCUAGAGAUCGCAAAUUUGAACACUCUGAUUCUUCUCAGCGCCCUGGACAGGGGGAGAACCUUGCUUACCAAAAAUCAUCGCGUCCCAUUUCUAAUCCUAUUACAGCUGGGACUGGACUUUGGCUGGCCGAAGAACAAAAUUAUAACAAUGAGCCUAUUCCUCAAGGAAACUUUGCAGCUUACGGGCACUACACACAAUGCACGUGGAACACCACAACUAGAGUUGGAAUUGCCACUGCUACCUCGGGAAAUAAUGAGUGGUACACGGUCGCUAGAUACUCUCCCUCUGGGAAUAUCUAUGGGCGUCGGCCUUACUAA